CGCUCAGUGCGCCAGUGUGUAACGCUAUAGGCUGGAGGGAGGCAGCUGUUGCCAUUAUUUUAACCAGCCAGCUCAGAUCCAUCUCCGAGUUCUCCCCUCCCCUGGACAGAAAGAAAAGAUGACUCCGUCCACGCCAUCAUAAACAUACGACAACUGAAAGAGAUUCUUUAAAAAGUGAAAUCAAAUGGUACAGAAAAGUAGUAGUAUGUCCAGGACGCCUUCGACCCCAAACCAGGAGAUCCCAAUGGGCAUGAUCGACCACCAUCCGCACACGCAGGGAAAGUACGCCAAGAGGAAGAGCCGAUUUAAGCGCUCAGAUGGGAGCACCUCUUCUGACACCACCUCUAACAGCUUUGUCCGACAGGGCUCUGCAGACUCCUACACCAGCCGGCCGUCGGACUCAGACGUGUCCCUGGAGGAGGACCCCGAGGCUCUGAGGAAGGAGGCCGACAGACAGGCUCUUGCCACGCUUGAGAAGGCAAAGACCAAACCAGUGGCAUUUGCUGUGCGCACCAACGUUGGUUACAACCCAGGGCCUAACGAUGAUGUUCCUGUGCAGGGCAUGGCCAUUUCCUUCGAAGCCAAAGACUUCUUGCACAUUAAAGAGAAAUACAACAACGACUGGUGGAUCGGACGCCUGGUGAAGGAGGGCUGUGAGGUGGGCUUCAUUCCCAGCCCGGUCAAGCUGGAGAACACCCGCCUGCUGCAGGAGCAGCGGAUGAGACAAAAUAGGCUCAGCUCCAGUAAAUCUGGAGGAAGUUCGAGUCUGGAUGUUGCCGUAGGAACCCGCAGGCCUACUCCACCAGGAACAGCUCCCAUGGACACAUCCACAGCAGCCUUUGACGUUGACCCCCUCGACCUUGAUGCCGAGGAGCCCCCUGAGUCCCAGGGUGACCCUCGAUCCCCCAAGGGCAUCUCAGGCAGCGUAACUUCCCCCCAGGCCAACGCCCACCGCCUGCCCUUCUUUAAGAAGAUGGAGCAUGUUCCUCCAUACGACGUGGUUCCCUCCAUGAGACCCAUCAUUCUCGUUGGACCCUCACUAAAAGGCUAUGAGGUGACGGAUAUGAUGCAGAAAGCGCUCUUCGACUUUCUGAAACACAAGUUUGAGGGCAGGAUAUCCAUUACACGUGUGACAGCAGACAUCUCUCUGGCCAAACGCUCAGUCCUCAACAACCCCAGUAAACACACCAUCAUCGAGCGCUCCAGUACCCGCUCCAGUCUGGACGUACUGGCUGAAGUGCAGAGUGAGAUUGAACGUAUCUUUGAGUUGGCCCGAACCCUCCAGCUUGUUGCUUUGGAUGCAGACACCAUCAACCACCCCUCUCAGCUGGCCAAGACCUCCUUGGCACCCAUUAUUGUUUAUAUCAAAAUAGCCUCACCCAAGGUUCUCCAGAGGCUCAUUAAAUCCAGAGGGAAAUCCCAGGCCAAACAUCUGAAUGUGCAGAUGGUGGCAGCUGACAAGCUAGCUCAAUGUCCACCUGAGCUGUUUGACAUCAUCCUGGAUGAGAACCAGCUGGAGGACGCAUGUGAACACCUUGCAGACUACCUGGAGGCCUACUGGAAGGCGACACACCCGCCGAGCAGCAACCCUCCCAACCCUCUCCUGAACCGCACCAUGGCCACGGCGGCCCUAGCUGCCUCCCCUGAGCCUGUCUCCAACCUGCAGGGUCCGUACCUGGUUCACGGUGAGCAGAAGCGUGAAGGGGGUCUCACAGAGUGCGGUGGGAGCAGCACCCUGCAUGACUACGAGACAGACUUGGGUGGGAAGCCUCAGCAGCAGCAGCAGCAGCACCAGCAGCAGGCUUACCUGCGCUCAUCCCGCGGCCAGCUACGAGGGGGCAGUGGCAGAGGCCUUUCCCGGCAAGACACCUUCGACUCGGAGACCCAGGGCAGCCGAGACUCAGCCUACACUGAGGCCGGUGACUCCUGCAUGGACAUUGAGACUGACCCUUACGAAGAGCCCGACCCGUACCGAGGUGGUGGAGGCAGCCGCCUUCACCUGGCGCAGCAUCACGGUCGACAGGCCUCCUGGGAAGACGAAGGAGCCGAGCCGGAUCAGGAAAACCUCAAUCACCCUUCGAUGCCGAGCCAGACGCAGCCGCAUGGACGGGCCAAGCUGAGGGAGCGUUACUGCCAGGACCCCGUGGACACAGGGUCCAACAUGAGCCGCAACAAGAACCAGGACGACUGGGGGAAGGAUGUUUACAUCCGCUGAGUGUUUGCUAGGAAGAUGCAUACUGAGGACUGAGGGAGAGGGGAGGAUUCUGGUGGUAAAGGAACUGAAGUGUGGGUUUGGGGCCACACCCGUCAGGCUUACAAAAAUGUGUUUACAUCCCAGUAAAAUGUAAAGAUAUAUGUCACCUGCCAGAUGCCAUUCUCAUCAACUUCUUGCAAAUCCACUGAUUUAUGUUUAGAAGAAAAAGUAUAGAUCCGUUUUGUUUUUCUUUUGUUUGAUUUCUUUUAUCAAUACUGCAUGAAUAUCAUGGGUUUCUAUGCUGACAGCACAAGUGAUCUGUCUGACCCGAUCUCUCCUUCAGUUGUAGAGUGUGAAGGCUGGUAGGACCGUGGUCUGUCAUGUCUGUCCUCUGCAGUCUCAAACAGGGUCUAAUGUCACUAGCCGCGUUUCCAUUACAAAUGUGCGCAAAUCUUUGUCUAUA